AUGGGUUCUUCGGUCAACCUCAAUCAGAUAGGCACACUGAUGCAACGACAAGACGUUCAAUAUCACAAGGAUGCCAUCGCCGACCUACUCAAGCGCAAUAGUACUAAUUUCCCGGGUGCUCAGCCGGUCUCAUUCGCGCGCAAACAUCUCCUCGAGCUUCAAAAGAAUGACUAUUUCUUAUGCGAAAAGACGGACGGCAUCCGAUGUCUUUUGUACCUGACACAAAUCUUCCAAGGCGCCCAGGACCCGAUUGAAGCGCAGUUUCUUAUCGAUCGCAAGAACGACUACUACUACAUUGCCCAAGGCUAUCUUCAUAUUCCGCAGGUGAACAAACGCGGCAACGACCCUCCAUUCGAUAUCCAUUCCUUUCACAAUGGCACGCUCCUCGAUGGCGAGCUCGUGCGACAGCGCUUUCCAGACGGUCGGGAACAGCUUACGUAUCUGAUCUUCGACUGCAUGCUCUUGUGCGGCGAGAACAUCACAGAAAAGCGCUACGAUUCGCGCAUCGGCAGCCUGAAACAAUUCGUCUUCGAGCCUUGGAAGGCAUUCGCACGAGCAUGGCCCGACGAAGCCAAGGUCCAGCCUUUCCAGCUCGGCCUCAAAGAAUGGCAGGUGUCCUACGUGGCAGACUUCAUGUUCGACCAGAUCAUCCCCAAGCUGCCUCACGGCAACGACGGUCUGAUUUUCACAUGCAAGUCCACACCUUACGUGACAGGUACCGACCAACACAUCCUCAAGUGGAAGCCACCGCACGAAAACACCGUCGACUUCCGGCUCCAGCUCGGCGCGUUCCCUAAGUUCAAGGAUGGAAUGGGAAACACUCAAGAGGAUUACGACCAGAAGCCCGAGAUGGAGCUGCUGGUCUUCCAUGGCGGCAAUAACUACAAACACUUCGCCCCACUGUUCGUAACGCAAGUCGAGUGGACGGCGAUGAAGGGCAUGGGCCAGAAGCUCGACUGGCGCAUCAUCGAGUGCUACCGAGAUAACACGACGGGCCAAUGGCGCCCGAAAAUCGAGCCGGACGGAACGCCACGCUUCCGGGACGACAAACAACACGCGAAUCACUAUACCGUAGUGGAGAGUGUGAUUGAGAGCAUCGAGGACGGGGUCACGGAACAAGAUCUAUUCGCGAGCAAGGACAAGAUUCGGAGCGCCUGGAAGGAGCGCGAGAAGCGAGCUCGAGAAAUGAGGACCGCUAGGCCUUCAAGUUGA